GUUGAAAUUAUUUCAAGGGGGAUCGCUAAGAAACACUUCCUAAUCCUAGCGCUCUUUUGUCGGAAUUUUGGCCAAGAACAAAAGUAUUAUCAAUCUCACGGCUGCGCUAAUCCGCUCGAGUAUGCUGGUAAAACUGUGGACGGCGGACUGAGUCCUAGUCCUAGUCCUAAUCUCACACGUUGCCCUCCCCUUCCGGCUAAAAAGUCACAUUUAUAUAGGAAUGCUCUUCUCGUUUUAUAUCGAUGAAAAACAAAAGAAAAUCAUUCAAUUUUUUAAUCAGAAC